AUGAACAUGAGCAGAGAUCUUUCCGAACUCGUCGAUGGCGAUCUAUUUUUCCACCAGCUUAACGAGCUCCUAAUAUGGAUAUUCAACAAGCAUUUGGUUGUGUUUUCCUGUACAUGCAUCCUUGCCGGCUCGAAUGCAUCCGGUCUGUGGGCGGCGGCUAUCGAAAGAUUUCCACAUCCAUAUAUAGUGAUCAGUUUGGUGGCAGACGAGCCUGAAGUGUUGCUGCAAGCGAUCGAAAAUGGAUGUCAGUCCUUCGUUCUAGCGCAAUCGACAGCCAUCACGUUUUUGGACCAAUUUCACUAUGUGCACGAUCGCGCCACGGCACGGUAUCCCCACAAACGGAUCAUCAUCAUCGAUGAUGACAGCAUGGUUACCGCACCGGAAGCGGAAAACUCACGUUCCAUUCUAAACCACAGUGCUACCGGGGAUGUGAUCGAUCUGCUGCUGGUUCGUCCCAGUCUCGACCUCGAUCGUGUGGAUCUGCUGACGAGCGGAUUCGAAACGGACCAGUGGACACUGCUCACCAGCUACAGCAUGCAUCAGUUGGAGUGGGAUGCCACUGAUCUUUUUCCAGACAAGCGCACCGACUUGCAGGGACGCUACUUGCGUUUGGCCAUCUUCAACUACGAACCGUACACCCUCUGGCAGCCGGUGGAAGAUGUGCCAGAGGACGCAAAUGCGUUUUACGAACAGCACCGGGUACUGUACAUUGACGGAACUGAAUCGCGGCUUUUCGUUGAAUUCUGUGCCAAACUAAACUGCAGGCUAGACAUCUCGUUGGACGAAGCCGGAGAGUGGGGACAGAUCUUUGAUAAUCGCACCGGUGAUGGCAUCAUCGGGGCCGUGGUCGAGCGAAGGGCGGAUAUCGGUGUCGGAGCGCUGUACUCCUGGUUUCACGAGUUCCAGUUCCUAUCCCUUUCGAAGCCCAUCUCCCGGACGGGUGUAACUUGCAUCGUUCCGAAGCCCCAACCGCUGUCCUCCUGGAUGACGCCUAUUCUGCCAUUUUCCUUGUGGAUGUGGUUGGCCGUAAUCGGAACGGUCCUGGUGUCGACCGUGUGCGAGGUCUUACUGAGCAUUCUAUCGCAAAGACUCCUCACGAAAAAGCCCGGCCAGGUGGACGUGUGCGAAUCCGUGAUGGGCGUUAUGUCCAUUUUCAUCCUGCAAGCCGUGUUGCUGCGCACGAACAAGAACCCUUUCACGUCGCAGAUGAUCCUGAUCGGUUCGUUGCUUAUCGUUGGGCUGAUGAUUGGCAACGCGUACAGUGGCGGUUUGUCCAGUGUGAUGACGGUACCUCGAUUCGAGAAACCGAUCGAUACCGUACAGGACCUCGCCGAUCGCAAUCUCCCGUGGGGUUCGACUCACGACGCCUGGAUCUUCUCCAUUCAACUCGCAACGCAGCCUACGAUUGUGAAGUUGCUGCAGAACUUCGUCACCUACCCAAAGGACGUGCUGCACGAGCACGCAAGGAAGCGCAAUCUCGCGUACAGCAUCGAACGGUUACCGUACGGGCACUACGCGAUCGGUGAGUACAUUACGGACGAGGUUUCGGGCAACUUUGAGACCAUGCUCGAGGACAUCUACUGGGAGAACUGUGUGGCAAUGGCCACCAAAACCUGGCCGCUGAUGAACGAGUUGGACGACCUGACGUUGGUCAUUUUCCAGAGCGGAAUCCAGCGCUACUGGGAGUUGCAGGUGGUGUCGAAGUUUUCCGAUAACAAGGUCCAGCACGCCAUCUCGACGUCGCGCCAUUUCGACAAUCCGGGUCCGAUCGCGCUGCAACCAUCCCACCUGCUCGGAGCCUUCUUUCUGCUGGCGUUUGGGCACGGACUCGCGGUGAUGUGCUUCCUGUUCGAGGUACUGUGGCGCAGAUUAACCACUGCCAAAGGCGACCGAAAGCGUACGUAG